AUGGCCGAUGGCAGUCAACCCAUCACGAUCGUGGGCGCUGGGCUCGUCGGCGCGCUGCUCGCGACGGUGCUUGCGCGGCGAGGCUACCGCGUCACCGUCUACGAGAGGUACGGCGACAUUCGCGCCAUCCCGUCGUCCGGCCGCUCCAUCAACCUCGUCGCCACGGCGCGCGGGCUGCGUGCGCUGACGCUGCUUCCGGACGACGUGCGUGCGCGGCUGCUCGAGCUCGGCGUGCGCGUCACCGGCCGCGUGAUCCACGCGGGCGGCGAGCCCAUCUUUCAGCGGUACGGCAAGGAUGACUCCGAGUUCAACUACUCCAUCUCGCGGUACGAGCUCAACAAAUUCCUGAUCAGCGAGGCCGAGGCGGCGGGCGCGACGCUGCGCUUCGGACACCGGCUCCUCGGCGUGGAGCUGGAGGGCGAGUACCCGGUGCUCACCUUCGCCGCCCCGCACGAGGCCUCCGGCCAGCGCGGCGUGCUCGACUCUGCGCUGCACGCCGAGGACAACACUGGCGCCGAGCGCGAGGCGCGGCACUUCCGAGACACUGCACCCCGCGUGGUCGUGCGGUGCGGCGGGCCGGUGGUGGCCGCGGACGGCGGCGGCUCCGCGGUGCGCCAGGCGCUGAGCAGCGCGGGCGCGUGCUACAAGGAGAUGUCCUUCCCGCGCGCGGCGGCCGAGGCGGGCGGCAUGGCGAGGCACGGGCUGCACAUCUGGCCGCGCGGGUCGCACAUGCUGAUGGGGCUGGCCAACCUCGACGGCGGACGGCGCCGCCUCGCCACCCCUCUCUGCUUGAGGCACCCACAGCGCCCUUCUUCCCAGGCGGGCGACGCCACCCUCGCCGACGACGCCUCUGCCGGCGCCUCCUUUGAUCAUGUCGAGGCGCAAGGCGUGGCCUCGGCGGCGGCCUUCCUGGAGGCGCACUACGCCACCGCGCUGCCGCUGCUUGGCGGGGUCGAGGCGGCGGCGCGCCAGCUGGCCGAGAACCCGCGCGGCAUCCUCGGCACCGCGCACGCGAUCGUCCCCUUCUUUGGCCAGGGGAUGAACUGCGGCUUCGAGGACGUCCACGAGCUGGUGCGGCUGCUCGACGAGCACGCCGCGCCGGCCGUCGCGUCGCCCGCCGGCUACGCCGCCGCCUUCGCCGCCUUUGAGGCUGCGCGGAAGCCGAACGCCGACGCGAUCGCCGACAUGGCGCUCGAGAACUACGUCGAGAUGCAGUCGAGCACGGCCGACCCGCAGUUCCGCCUCUGCAAGGCGGUGGAGAACGCGCUCGAGAACUCGCCCCUCGGCGCGCGCUUCCGCUCGCGCUACGCCAUGGUCUGCUACGGCGGGGCGGGCAACGUGACCUACGCCAACGCGCAGGCGCUCGGCCGCGUGCAGUGGGAGAUCGUGCUCGAGCUCGCAAAGGGGGUGAGCAGCGCCGAGGAGGCGGCGGCGCAGCUCGACGUGGCGCAGGCGGAGAGGCUGCUGGCGGAGAGGCUCGAGCCGCUGCAAAAGGAGCUGCAGGUCGACCUCGCCACGGUGUCGCACGCUGCAUAG